AUGUGUUUUGACAAAAAUUUUGGGCGGUCAACAAUUGGAUGUGAUUUGAAAUCUACAGAUAAUCUCUAUCUUAACUGUGAAUGCAACCAUCUAACAAAUUUUGCAGUACUGGUGCGACCAUAUUCAACGACUCAAGACAAAGAAAAGGCAUUGAGCUGGAUAUCUUUAAUUGGAUGCUCGUUUUCAGCGUUUUUUUCUUUGCUGACGGAAAUUGUUUACAUCGUUCUUUGGAAAUCUAUUACAUGUGACGUCAGCAGAAUGGUAAAUUAUAAGAUCACAGUGUUUCUCUGCCUCAGUAUUGCCAUGGCUUACACGAUAUUUCUACUUAGAAUUGAUAAGAUUCAGUAUAAAAUCGGGUGUUUUGUGAUUACAGCACUAUUACAGUAUCUGUUCCUGUUUGUUUUCUUCCUCAUUCUUCUUCAUUUUCUAAACCAACAUUUCAAAGGACUUUUCAUUUUCAUCUCCAAAUGUCUUCUUAGCAGAAAGAUCAGAAAGUUGCUUUGUGAGAGCAUACACAAAAAGCAUUCAGUAAGCUGGAGAAGUAGGCUUUAUUCACUACUGAGUAGUACUCCGCUCUCCAUGAAUAUGAAGGAGUUUUCAUCAGUGUCUGAAAUCAAACCUGAAGGAGAAGAAUCUAUAAAUAGAGAAGGGGUUGACAUCAAGGAAGUUUUGUCCAAAAGUAGAGAGAGUGUCAAAACAGUUCUUUGACAAUCAAUAACGAACAGAUCAAGACAACUGUUCCAAUCACGAAAUAUGGAAGACAUUACCUAUUUGAAAAAAAAAAAAAACUUUCAUUGCUACAUCAGCUGUUUUUAGCUGCUUCAUAAUUUCAUACCUGUUGUUUCCGAUUGCGAUAUCCUAGUAUUAGGGCGCAUGCUUCGGGAUCGGGAAGUUCAGACUGGACUCUUGUUCCAUUCAACGUGUUCAUCUUAAAACUUUAAAACACACGUACUGACUGUUCCUUUCCUUCGAAAAUUAUUAGAAGUGAAAGUCAUGGGUCUCUCGAAUAUGACCUUAAACAUAGGCCCAGUGUCAUGAUAGGCGUUUGGCAUGAUACAUGUAAAGAAUCCUCACUGCUCAAUGACCCUGAGUGUUGAGUAAAGGUAUAGUUCAAAACCCCUUAACCUGUAAUUAGUGACGUCUCAUAUUCGUGAAAGAUUUUUGCAAGGACCCUGAUCAAUUUUCAAUCAAUCAAUAAAAGAAUCUUAACUUGUUAUGAAGAUUUGAUGUAUCAGAUUUCUUGAUUUUUUAGAACAUUUCUAUUUUUAUACGCAUUCAAUAGGAUAAAUAAAAUCAUU